AUGCGAGGCGCUGCAUUAAAGCUAGGACAGAUGCUUAGUCUACAAGGUUCUCCUUCAUUUUAGUUGUUUUUUAUUUGCAUUUGUUAUUGAUAUCGCUUCAUAGCUGGCUCUUGUAAGAUGCUCAUAUUAAAAGAAUGCAGAAUGUAAGGUUUAAAGUUGUUACUGUUGCCUACCUAGAAAGAACUGACCCUGCACCUUCAUACAUAUUCCAGUCUUUUAUCUUAAUUAUAUGAAGGAGUAAUCUGUCUAUUAGCCCAGUUAUUGGUCAAAAGGCAUGUUUGCAGGUGACGGUGAGUGGCCUUCAGAGAUUACUGUAAAAUAAGCGAGGUUUCUAGUCUGAUCAGUAAGCUGUAGCAGAUUUGCAGUGACCGUUUUACGAGGAGUGUGAAGGGUUGGAGUCUGACGUCUGGCUUCCCUAUGAAGCGUCGCAGAGGCCAACAACGGCUAUGCGGACAAGUUAUUCUGCCUCCGCUACCUUGGUAGCCAGAUGUGCAUCCCAGACGUAAGUCGAGGACUAUGUAUCAUUACUCGCAACAAGCCCGCCAUUAUCCAUCUUACGUAAUUUACGCAAUUACGACUUUCCAUUCAUGUCUUCCUGUCCACGUCAAAUGACACGUCCGGACCUCUGCCAUUGGGCCGGGUGGUAUGCCAGCCGUCUUAUAGGAGGGAGGAACUAUGUAUUACUUGCAUUACCAUGAGUGUGAGGUUUGCACGCUUGCCGUCCGACCUGGACCUCAGGGACUCGCGCCCAGUAAUCGCGCGCUCCGCACUGGGUGGCCAGUGUGAACUCUACAGUAAAACAUCCCGGAAUCUUCAGCACACCCCAGCUAAUAAGACCACGAGUGCCUGUAUAGUAUUUUGGAGACGAUUCAGUCCUUCUACCUCGGUGACCAGAGGCAACCUCGGUGUGUGGAUAGCGUCAAGACAUGACGCACCGAUGGAUUGAGUAUUUUAUCCGAUACAGUCAGUUCGGUCCGCCUUGGCUGUACCCCAAUUUGAAGGGUACCGUUACAUCGAUAUUCAAAAAAGGCAACAGAUCACUGUGUGAGAACUGCCUUUGUAUAAGUCUUCUCGACAUUUCCAAAAUUAUUCAGUCGUACCUUCCAAUCAUUUCCGCUUUUACCGAUUAGCGGACGGGAAAGGAUCAUUGCGAUUCUCGUCCGGAGCUAGGAUGUGUUGGUCAAUACUUGCCCUCAUCGAAUCCUGUCACAUACCAGCAACCCACCCGCUGACUUUUCCGCCCUUGAUUCCUCCGUUUAACUUAACUCUGUUCUAUUUUGCUGAAUUAUGACGACAGAACAAGGACCAAAGUCCGUGUAAGCGGUGAAAAAAUUGGCCCUCUUAAUGCCGCCGUUGGUGUCUACCAAGUCUGCGUUCUCUCACCAACUCUUUUAAACUACGUGACGGACUGAGUUUUGCGACAUGUGCAGGCAAACCACACUGGUGUUGCAGUAGACUACGCCGAUGUCAUCGCAGUGCUGGAGAACUCCUUUGCAGAAGUGCGAUGUGUCCUCGUCAAUACCAGGCCGGUCAUGGUUGGCAGUGAAGUUUAUGGUUGGUUGUCAUUUUCUGAUAUCUUCGACCGAAAUCCCUUACGACGAGAGUAAGCAUGGAGUCGGACGUUGGGUCAACUAGUCACGCGUGACUGUCACACGACUCUGUCGAUACUCCAUUGACGAGCCUGUGGGUAUACGACGCCUCUUUCGAGACAAUCCUUCUCUAAGAAUGUGUCGUAUAUGUCGUGCAAUUAAAAGAUACCACCCACUCUGGUGUUUUCAGUAGGUGGUUCGUACAACUCGUUCGCCAAAUGUCUUUCUGAUCACCUCUCGGACGAAAGACUGCAAAGUCCUUCACGAACAAACCCAGUCAACUGCAUAUUCCUCACUGGCAGACUGAAAUGGUCCGGACAUGUGCUAUGUUAAUUUGACGGUAGAGUCCUACAGGAUGCUGCCUCGCCGAAACCCUUCCCUGGAUGCCGAUCUUCAUUUUGCCAAAUUGACAUGCUACCUGCCUCAACUUCACCGCUGACCGAGUACAGUGACGGACGAUCAUCCGUAUUGUGGCGAAUCUGUAACGUGGAGCCGACUGGGUCCGUUGUGAUGGACCCCAAUACUAGUGCAAUUAAAGUGCUAAACCAGUGUCAAUUUUUAGGCAUAAACGACUUAACGUAAACCUUCCGGGUACGGCAAAUAAUUUUAGGAAUACUAGCUCGGAUCUUCGUUUAACUCGACAACCAAGUAAGAAUUAGGUUCUCGCAUUCGGUAAGAAAGCCUAAUUAUUUCGUCUACUACCUUAUUAAAACGAGCUUUGAAUGCUUUAAAUCCAACCCCGAAAGGGUCCCGAGUACCGGUUGUUUGCUUUUUAUAACGAUAGUAAUUUGGUUCAGUUCAUUAAAGGAACAGUCGUGAGCUUCUGAGGACCCUGUAUAAACUUAUUUUUUGGAAAGCAUUCCAAGAUAUCGCUGUCAAAUUAUGCUGAAAAGUUUUUACUUUAUCUGAAUCUUUUAGAGCUGAAAGUCCCAGUUGCAAUACCUGUUCCCCAUCACACUGCUUCCCAUCUUUUAGAUAAUUCCUUGGUCAGCCCCAAAGUCCAAAAAAUGUUCGAAAGAGUACGCCAAUCGGCCGACUUCAUGCCGACACGUCAAAUGUACUCAGUAAUCAAUGAGGAACUCGGCCCAGACUGGAAAACUAAGGUCGCCAGUUUCGAAGAGAAACCGUUCGCCGCUGCUAGUAUCGGUCAAGUUCAUCGGGCAGUGAUGCACGAUGGGAGGUAA